AUGCCUCUCCAGUUCACCGCAGCCCCCUCCUCCCGCAUCAGAAAGCCCCCGUCCCGCUCCCGAUCCACCGCGUCCUCCCCCUUCGCCCGUCUCCGCCGCGCCAAGCCGAAUCGUCGCCUGCAGCGGGACAGCGAGAAGGAGGAUGAAAGGGAGGAUCAGGAUGGCAGCGGCACUGCCUAUUCGCCCGAUCGGCUACCGGACUUGGGCCCCUCCAACCACCUCGCCGAGACCUCUCUCGUCACCACCGUCGUCCAGGCCAUCCAGCAUGUCCAGAACACCAUCUUCACCGACAUGCCCGCCUCGCGCCCCGGCAUGAACAGCACCCGCAUCGCCCACGUCUUGAACUUCCGCCGAUCCUUGCCGCCAGUCGUCUCCGUCGCCCACGUCCAUGUCCUGCUCCACCCUCCCACCGCCGUCGAGAGGGAGAUCGCCCACCUCGUCCACACCGCGCGUCUGCGCCGCCUCUUCAUCCCCGGCCGUGGCACCGCCCUGGCCGGCCUGGGCGACUGCCUGGUGCUCGUCGAGGACUGGGAGUUCCUCGUCCGCUCCAGCCCCUCCCUCGACGACUCGCUCAAGGAUAAGUUCAUACAGCUCCUCCGCUCAAACGCACAAACCUCCGCCGUCUCCGCCGCCCACUUCACCCCAGACGAAACCUCCGCCCUGGUCAGGGCCGGCUUUCUCGUCUCCCCGUCCUCCCUCGCCAAGGUCACUUCGUCCUCGAUCAACCCCGCUGUGGCCCUCGCGUCCCCCACGGACGAUGCAGCUGUCCAGCUGGCUCCGCAGGCCGACAACCAGUCGUCGUGGAGCAGUCGCUCCUUUCGCGACUCAACGAUGGUCCUGUCCCUGCCCAACCUUGGCCCUUACCUGCGCCUCGUCAGCGCGGCACGCUCCCAGAUGCUCUCCUUACUCGAGAAGUCCAAGUACAAAGAGGCGCCGCUGUCCCUCCUCAGGGAUCGCUGGGACGGUGCCGUCGAGUCCCAGGCCCAAUUCGCCGUCGCGAAGCGUGCCAGAGGAGAGUCAAGCGGCGUCCUGCCGGGGCGCACGAAGAAGUGGAAAGAGCUCUACGGCAUGAAUUUUAGAUGGGCCCUGGAGGAAGCCAUUGGCGCUGGCUUGAUCGAGAUAUUCGAUACCGGCUGCGUUGGACCUGGUGUUCGACGGCUGUAG